AUGUCCUCUCAGCAUAGACCAAGGAGACUUGCAAGUAAGAUAGACAAGUUAGUUUUAGACUUUUUUGUACAUGAGGGUUAUCUGGAAGCGGCAGCCAAGUUUGCCAAGGAAAUCGAUGUGGACCUCAAUGAAAGCAAUUUGAGUAGCAAAGAGGACCAAUGUCAACUAUUGAACACUACAGUUAGCACUGCCUCUACUGAUGCACUCGAAGAUUAUGCACAGUUAGGAGAAAAGGAUUACUAUAGCACAUUGCUAGCCCAUUUCAGCAACAAAAAUGCGCAAGUAUCAUCACAACCAUCACAAUCUUCAUCACUGUUAUUAUCUUCUUCAUUGCCGAGUAUUGCUUGGAGUCUGACAAGGGCCCCUUCUUUGACUGCUGCAACUACCCAUCCAUCCACCGAGUCCGCCAUGAACCCCACAAAUGAUGUACAGCAACAACGUCUGCUUUUUUUUCAUCUCAAGGGGUAUACCACCAUAAACGAACGGAAAAGAAUUAAAUCGUUAUUGUUGAAUGGAAAAGUAACUGAAGCGAUUCAAGAAAUCAACACACACUUUCCGCUUUUACUUGAUCGCAACAACUUGUUGCAUUUCAAGUUGCUUCGAUUGAAUUUGAUUGAAAUGAUUCGAAGUCACAAGUCUACUUUGCAGAUGGAAGCGGAUGAAAAAACAUUUCUCAAUGACGUGUUGGUGUUUGUUCGUAAGCAUUUGAUUAACAAAGUAGCCAAUUUGUACAAGUUGUUGAAAGAGUUGGAAAUCACCAUGAGUUUACUUUGCUUUAGAUUCGACCCUACGGCAAAGACACUCAGUGAUCAAAAAGAUUUGCCACAGGAGUUGAAGAACUUUUUUGAUCUCAAUUUAAGAUCCCAGGUGUUUAAAUUGGUUAAUAAAGCUAUAGUGGAUUAUUAUGAAGAUGGAGGGUUGCGAACGAUUAAGCAUCAAGCAAAUAAUACUGUAGUGGAUGAAGUGAUGCAGAAUUUACGACAACAAGGAAGCGUCGAAGAAAGAAGGGGUUAUCAGAUUCUGUCAAGUAUUAGUACCAGCAAUAGUAAUAUCAAUAACCGUAUAUAUACCGGUCCUAGGUAUGACGAGUUUGAUUUGAGCAAUAUUCGAACUUAUGAGGAAACUAAUCCAAUUACAGAAGAAAGCGAGAACGAAGAAGAAGCAGAAGUAGAAGCAGAAGAAGAAGAAGAACAACAACAACAACAACAACUACAAGUAGUGGCCAAUGAAGGAGAAAGGCGAGCAGAGGACGACCAGGAAAGAGAAGGUGCGGGAAGAAGAGAGUUUUUUACACAGCGACAGAUUGGAGAAAAUGGUAACCAAACUGUCGAUAUAAAAUAUGACAUGGGAAGUAGCAUUGCAAAUGGGUUAGGAAACUCGUCGCUGUUUGGUAAAAACAACUUAGUCAAGGAUAUUGAUCUGAAAAAUGAAGAAGAGGUGGAAAACUUAAUCAAGCUUUCAUUGGAUAGCAAUUUGGAAAGGGUAAUCAAAUUGUAUAUUUUAACAGAGCAAAGAAAAGUUGACAUCAAACAUAGUAAACACAAAGACUAUUCUCCAUUUAAAGACUUUUUCCCACAGAAUUCGUGA